UUUGUUAUUGUUGCAGAAACGGCCUCUAGCUUCUGACUUUAGUGGUCCUGUGAUGAGCAAGAAGCGGAGAAUUGCUCACCAGCUCAGUUACAACCAGCCAGCAGCUGAUGGCCACUUCUCUUCCUUGCUGCUGCCUUCCACAUCCACUUCCACUUUGAACAUGUCUCCAAGUGUUGGCUCCGUUUCCCCCUGCACCUGUGAGGUGCAAGAACAAGACAAAUUUCAGAGUUCUAGCAUCCCAGAGCCUUCUGGGGUGCAGGAGGAGAUCCCCAAUUCUAAUGGAAAGAAAAACCAACUGGGGAGGCUGAAGCAGUUGUGUCCCUCAGAAUUCGAUGAAGGCGAAACAAAAGAUACUUCCAUUGCCUCUACAUGCUCUGCAACAGCCAACCAACCAGACGACUUGAGAAAAUACGUAGCCAUAGUCUCCUUGGACCAACGCCAGCGCUACAAGGAUGACUUCAAUGCAGAGUAUGAGGAAUACCAAAAUUUAUAUACUCGGAUUGACAAGAUCAGAGAGCACUUCACACAGCUUCAGGAACAAUGGAAGUCUGUGACCGCAGGCUCUGAAGCCCAUCAGAUGCUACUUCAUCGAAUCCUAGCAGAUUAUCAGCAGAUACAACAGGGUAGCCCCAGCUACUUUGAAAUGAAGAACAGGUGCCUGUACCUCCACAACAAGCUGUCACAUAUUCAGAGCCUCAUAUCUGAAUUUGACAAGCAUUAAGUGGAGUCCUGGCACCAGGCAACUGCUUCAGCCAGAAAUAUCUAUGAACUCUGGAUUUUUGAUUUAAACCAGAAGAUUAGGUUUUUAGGAUUAUUUACAUUAGUGUUGAACAGUAGGUUCUGUUAGCAAUAAAGAGUAGGUUAAUUCCAAAAAAUAUAGGAUUAGUUCAAAGAAAUUUAAUAAGUUUAAGGAUUUCA